AUGGAUUCUAUGCCCAACGAGAUCCUCACCCAAAUCUUCUCGAAUCUCCAAUGCGAGAUUCCCUCCCACGACAGCUGGGAGAAGCCAUACCUGCCACUGGCCAAAUCUGGUCUACCCAACGAUCUUCGAUUAGUCUCACUUGUGUGCCGCAAGUUCCGCAAUGUCGCGCGCCCCUUGAUGUAUAGGACGGUUUCUAUGACCAGCGAGACGGCUACCAGAACCAGCCCCCAGACGGUUGUUAGAACCAACCAGACGCGAGACUAUGGUGAUCUGAUGGACGCCUUCUUGAGAACUCUGUUUGCCGAACCUCAACUCGGCCUAAACAUCCGCCAUUUACGUAUCGAUUCCUGGGACACCUCCAUGAAUGUACCGGGAAUGGUACGUGAGCUUCUUGAGUCCAAGAAAGACAUCAGCGACGUACAGAAGAAGUUGCUCACUGGUUGGUUGGCCUUUCCUACUGAUCACCUUGAGGAUGGCGUUGUCCUGAUCACGCUCAUCCUUUCCCCCAAGCUCCGAUCUGUGGACUUGCGUACCUACACCAAUGAUUCAACUUUCAGUGAAUACCUUAGUGGCAUCAGGAAGAUCGAAAACUCCGUCUUCCGACCACGCGAUCCGGAUCCCUUUGCCGUUGAACUUGGUGAACUGGAUAUUAACGAGCCUGAACUUGCUUCUGGAGCAAUUACCACCAACGAUUACUCACUGGCCGCUUCCUCGGAAUCGGACGAAGAGGAUACCGAAAGCAUCCUUCCUGACCUCAAAGAGAUUCGACGCAGAUUCCUUAGCCCCAGAGCUUGCGGAGCCAUCUCCAAGUUUCAAAAUGUCCUUUUCAAUCCUAAGCUUGAAACCCUCCGCCUGCAUGGAUUCAUGUGGACUAGGUUUGAAAUCAAUCAAAAGGCCAGAUUCAGCGAGAUAUCUUGCUAUCUCAAAAAGCUACAGCUAGAAUGUUGUCUUGUUGAUCACGAAGCCCUGGAGAACAUUCUCUCCCGCUGCAAAGAACUUCGCUCUCUUUCGAUGACCCUUCCCGAUCUCCGUAGGGUAGGCUUUAUGGGCCUCAACCCUAACGUGAACCUGAAGGAAAUGGGAAAUGUCCUCAGAACCUAUGGAACAAACCUUGAAACCUUUGAGCUUGAUACCUACGACUACAGCUACUUCUACCACGCCAAACGACCCUUCGGCUCACUUCAUAUGUUGGAAUCGCUGCGCCACCUCAAGAUCAGCGCAGGAGACAUUUUAGAGCUCGGGGACGGCACCGUUAACGAGGAAGAGGAAGAAGUCAGAGACGUCUUCUCGGCGCCCUUGAAAAACAAUCUACCUCUGUCCCUGGAGUCACUUUACAUCGUACGCACUUCACGCAAAGUCGAACUGAGAGACAGCCAGCUCUUAGAGUCAGUUCGUGAAAUUCUUCGAUACGAACUCUUUACUAAACUACGAAAAGUCGAGGUGGAGAUUUCUGGCGGAUUGCUCAAGGAAGUCUCCGCGCCUGGAUGGGAGGCUACCUCAAGGGUCAAUCGAAUUUAUUCCGAUUCGCACGGCCAUUCAGAGUCUGAGGAGAGAGUCCCGCAGGAAGUGACCAUCGUGGUCUUUGACCGGCGUGAGGGAGCCACCAAACACAGCUCCGGCAAUUAG